GAGGAAUGUGAGCGUGAUACUCCACCAUCACCUCCAUGGAACGAAUGUCUUGUACAUGUUGGUGUAACAAGGAGUGGGUUAGUUGGCAGGCCAAGACUACAGGUCUUACAGGAACACCUUCAAACUUUGCAUAAUGACGCUGGUUUUCGUUGGGCAAACACUGGGAGAAUUCUUGGAAUCUCAGAUCAAACUCUACACCAUCAGAGGCAUGAAUUUGGAUUGCAAGUUGGGAUGGGAGAACAUUUUAGUGACAUCACUGAUGAUGAACGUGAGGUAAACGUGAGAGAAAUUCUUCAAGCGACACCAAACACCUGUCAAGGCCUGGUCGAAGGUGGGUUGAGGCACAGGGGCAUGUGCAUCCAUACGAGAAAAUAG